AUGAAAGAUGUGUGUUACGUUGAGCAGGACAGCGAGGGUCAGCCCUGUCAGCGGAAACUAACGAUAUUCAUUCCAUCGGAUUACAUCACGAGCGCCAAACAACCGUCGAAGACGUUCAACCUGGGAGUUCUGCAGCUGGCUGGAAAAUUCGAAGGAGAAGAGAGGGACUGCUUACACGCCUAG